GUUAGGGUUGCAGAAAAGGAUAAACCAAAGACGGUGUUGACAACACCCUUUGGUCUAUAUGAAUUUAAUCGCAUGCCUUUCUGUUUAACCAACGCACCGGCAACGUUUCAACGCCUCAUGGAACGAUGUUUAUCUGGUCUUAACCUUAAGAUCUGCCUUGUCUACCUCGACAAUGUUAUUGUCUUUGCCCGAACCUUCGAAGAAAUGUUGGAGAGAUUAGAAGCUGUGCUCAGGCGUCUUGGAGAGUUCGGCUUGAAGCUGAAACCAUCGAAAUGUAAGCUUUUCCAAACCAAGCUUACCUAUCUGGGACAUGUUGUGUCUGAAAAUGGCGUAGAACCAGAUCCCGAAAAGAUUUCAGCACUACCCAAAUGGUUGGAGAAUCCACCGAGAAAUCGAAAGGAACUACAAACCUUUCUAGGCUUUGCCGGGUACUAUCGCAAUUUUGUUGAGGGAUUUGCCAAGAUUGCUGCACCGUUAUAUGACCUGAUUAAAGAACCAAACGCUAAAAUGCCUCAGACAUUCCUGUGGACUGAAACUUGUCAAUAUGCUUUCGAAUCACUUAUUUCCAAGCUGUCAACACCCCUGUCCUGGUGUUUGCUGAUUUCACUCUACCGUUUGUUUUGCACACCGAUGCUUCAGGCGUGGGACUGGGCGCAGUUCUUUACCAAUUGCAAAGUGGCAAGAAGCGUGUUCUGGCGUAUGGGAGCCGUUCCCUUACUCAUUCGGAACAACGCUAUUGCGCCUAUUGUCGAGAGUUUCUUGCACUGAAAUGGGCAGUCACAGAGAAGUUUCGUUCUUAUCUGUACGGUAGGAAGUUUCAUGUUAUCACAGAUAGCAACCCGUUGACUUACCUACUGACGUCGGCAAAGCUUAGUGCAACUGAUCACCGUUGGUUGGCCAGUUUGUCGACCUACGAUUUUACGAUAAGCUAUCGGGCAGGGAAAUGUUGUGGUUGCUUCCAUACAGAAUCCCCAGGAGUUCACCCUCACCAAAGCAGAAGAAACUUCCAUAUUUACGUCAAAGACCUGCGGCAGCAGAAUGUGAGAGUGACGUUGUUACAGAAGAAAGUGAUACCGAAGAGGAAUUUAUUCCACACAGUAUGACACCCGGCAAUAGAACAACGCUGGAUCCAAUUAUACCAGAAGCCAUUCCGGUAACUGACGAACCAGCACCCGCAAACGACCUGCCCAAAACGGAACCGGCUAUUGAGGAAGAACUAAAUGAAACCCAACAGGAAGAGGUUAACGUUGACGAAAACCAAUCCGUUACGCGAUCAGGGAGAAUAUCAAAGCCCCCAGAACGAUUGGGCAUUCAACCGGUGUGGAGCAAUAAGGUGGCAGUCCUUUUGUCACUGGUAAACGAUAACAACAGAUCUAGCGUAGAGAACGUGCUAGGAGCCUGGCAUUCAAUGCCAUCUCAACGUCAGACGUAUAAUAUUUUAAGAUUUAUUGUAUUUUAAUGAACUUCGGGACGAAGUUUUACGUGAGGGGGGAAUAUGUAGCGGAUUGACUAAUAAGUUAAUUAGUAAUAGGCGUUUAUUUUGACAUAUUUAGGAAGUGACAUAUGAUACACUAGAUUGGUUAUUGUUUUGACAAGACGGCAUUUGUAUGUAUUUUAUUAAACGAGGGUUCUUUAUAGCGAAGCAAAUUCGCUAUUGUAAAUUACAGAUUACAUAAAACGAAACUGUGUGCGACUCAUUUAAUUUUGUGUAGUUGCCAAACACUUUGUGAGGCACUCUGCUACAUUUGCACCACUCCUCUCACCCACAUUGCGUGCCAAUAUGCAUGCUCUAUUUUAGAUAUGGUGGCGCCAAGCUUACAGUAUUAGUAAAUUCCCUUAAUGGCUUAACACCUUCCUAAUAAUUCUAGUUUCCUGGUUAUUAAACUACUUUAGAUAAAGUAGAUUUUACUUUGAUAAAUCACAUUACAUAAAUUCCUUAUUUUCUUUGCAAAUAUUCAGUUUUAUCAUAGAGCUUUUUUUUAUGAUUGAAUUCCAUUAAUUGAUUUCCUAAAAAAAGGGGGUGUAUGGGGGUCCUCCCCCAGAACAUUUUCUGACUGUAUUUUACAAAAAUGGUUAUCAUUUCACAAAAAUAAUGACUUUAUUAUUUAAAUUUUACCUGAAAAUGUGAAAAUUUACUUCACAUUUGUCACUACGUCUCUGCUGAUCUUAGAUCAGAUAUUAUUUACAUCCGGACCAGAUCCAUACUGGAAAGUUCGUAGGUUGCGCCAAAUAUAUUCGGCGUGGCGUUUGGCUGUGUUGUGCCAACUUUCCAAAUUUUUGGUGUUACUUCACUGGCGUGGCGUUGCAUGGCCGACUAGUUUUAUUGGUUUAUAUUGGUUUAUAUUGGUGCAAAUAUGGCAAAGUUUUGAAAUUAGAAAACUUUUAGCUCAGUAUAUAUUAUCCAUUCACUUUUUCGACAGACGGUGAGUGCUUAAUAUUUGCUCCUGGCUUUCUGUCCAGCAGUUUUCAUACUUCAUGUAAAUAUCAUGAUUUGGAAUUUAGUUCUCGAGGCUUGUAGCAAGAAUGGCCGCUAUCGUUUCGAACGAAAAGGUGUGUAUUUUGAUUUUUAAUCUUAAUCAUCGAUGAUCCAGUGUUUUUUAAAUUGCAAUCUAAUCGUAGUGACACUGUUCCUUGCUUGUGAAUGGUUAUUUUAUAUCCUGCUUAAGUAUCUCAUUCAAAAAAGACAAAAUGUAAAUGUAUGAAUAAAACAUGUUAUUAUGUGGAAUGAUUAAUAUUAAAUAGGCAAUAAUUUGCAUAUUACAUUAUUACUGCUUUCACAGGAUGAUUCGGAUUACUCCACAAGUGAUACGGACAUUCCCAGAGAAAGAAAUAGUUGAAGUCGAAGAAGGUAAAUUUUAAUUUCUGUUUAAGUCGAAGAAGGUAAAUUUUAAUUUCUGUUUGACUUUGUUCAAUUUGAUUAUUUUUGUUUUGAAACGAGAUAAUGGAUAAUCAUGAUUCAUGAAUUUUUAUUGAGUUUUAUAAAUAUAUAUUUUAAAGGUAAUGUGACUAAUGUCAAGUGA